AUGAACUCCACCACAAUACCAACAACACUUGUUUAUUUCUCUCCCCCUCCUGCCGCCUUCACUGAAUCGUCAUCAAAACGCCAAGCUCACAACCCUAGACACGUCCAAUUGAAACUCGACAAACGACAAAACGGCAGGAAUUUCUUAUCAAAAUCCAUAAAAUGCACCCAGAAUCGCGGUAUUCGAAACCCGACCGCGCUGGCUUCUUGCUUGGCCGCGACGGAGGCUCCGCCUUCGAAGGUCGCCGAGCUGGUGGCGGACAAGCUAAAACGACUCGUUUUGGAAUUUAGGUCUCUGGCCGAGCCGAUAGACCGCGUGAAGCGGCUAUUACACUACGCGGCGGGACUGCCUCCGUACAACGAGUCGACUCGGAAGCCGGAGAGCCGAGUCCCGGGCUGCUCGACUCAGGUCUGGGUCGAGGCCGAGAUGGACGAGUUGGGGAGGAUGAGGUUCCGAGCCGACAGCGACUCGGAGAUCUCUAAGGGGUUCUGCUCGUGCCUGAUUUGGAUGCUGGACGGCGCGGAGGCGGCGGAGGUUUUGGAGGUCAAGACGCGAGAUUUGGAGGACGUGAAUGUGGGAGUGUACGGAAAGGUGAAUUCGAGAGUGAACACGUGGCACAACGUGUUGUUGGCGAUGCAGAGAAAGACUCAAGCUUUGGUUACGGAGCGAGAGGGGAAGCGGCCGUUGGAGGCUUUGCCUUCUCUGCUUGCGUCCACCAAUGAGAUUGUUCUUUUAAGUAAUCUGUCAGGAAAGUUUAAAAAUAUCAAUAUUGUCAAGAACAUUAAAGGAUAUGGUUGCCCAGUUUCUCCACAUCUGUGGUCUGGCCAAAGCCACCUCUUCGCUGACGGAGUUAUAAGCAUAGACUCUAACAAAGUCCUGUUCUUGUCGAGAGGAAGCAGUGACCACCAGAUUCCGGAGGGAGGACAACAGCACAGCUCCACAGCAAGUCAGGAUCCACAGAAGUUGGCCUUAGCCCUUAGGAAGGCUGCAUGGAAAAUCCAAGCUUGA